AUGGCUUCGAUUGGAAAACGCAUCGUGUUCACUGGAGGCAGUGGCAAGGCUGGCCGACAUGUCAUCCCAUACCUUCUCGCUCAAGGCCAUAAGGUCCUCAACCUGGACCUGGUACCAUUUCCUGACUCCAGCGCUGGUGUCUAUACUCUGAAAACGGACCUGACACAAUCUGGACAAGUCUUCAAUGCUUUGACUAGUCACUUUGACAUGAGUGGAUAUGGGGACAAAACACUUCCACCUCCACCCGAUGUUGUUAUACAUUUCGCUGCCUAUGCACGCAAUCUGCUUGUGCCUGAUGAUGAGAUGUUCCAAGCAAACGUCAGAGGCACAUACAACGUGAUCGAAGCUGCAUGCAAACUGGGCGUCAAGAAGAUCCUCAUUGCCAGCAGCGAGACGACCUACGGCGUUUGCUUUGCACAAGGAGAUGCCGAUUAUCACUCCUUCCCCUUGGAGGAGGAUUACGAUAAUGACCCCGAGGACUCUUAUGCUCUGAGCAAGCUCUGCGGAGAGAGGGUGUCCAGAGGUUUCGCUCGUCGAUACGGCAACGACAUCUACAACUUUCGCAUUGGCAAUGUUAUUGAACCCCAUGAAUACGCUCAAGACUUCCCAAAAUACCUCGACAAUCCAUCCACCAGAAAGCGAAAUGCCUGGUCAUAUAUCGACGCCAGAGACCUUGGUCAAAUAUGUGACUUGGCCAUCAAGAAAGAUGGAUUGGGCUUCCAAGUCUUCAACGCAACCAACGACACAAUCACCGUUCGGGAUAUGACGACAAAGGAGUUUCUUGCAAAAGAGUGCCCAAACACGAAGGUUACACGUGAGAUGGGAGAGUACGAGGCUCCUCUGAGUAAUAGGAAAAUCAGGGAGGUGCUGCGCUACAAGGAUGUACAUAAUUGGAGGAAAUAUGUGCAGUAA